AUGCCUAAAAAGUAUGAAAUUCAUAUCAAACCCGAAAAGAUGGGCCUUUUACCUUCUCCAACAUGGGGCACCUUAACAAGUCUCGCAUUAUCUUAUAUACUUGUUCUCUGUGUUAUUCUUAUAGUAGAAAUUACCUCGAGAAGUUUUAAUAUCCCCCAUUACAUUUCCCAUCAAGAAAAUGCGACACCAGGAACUGUAUAUUUUGCUUUUUCGGUUACUCUCUUACUAUGGUGGUUUCAUGAAGGUUGGGAACAAGGAUUUCCUAGAGGUCGCGAAUAUAUUGCAGUUGCUGGAAUUGUUGCGAUGACAUAUGGCGACGCAAUGGCUAGUGUUAUUGGAAAGACGUACGGAAGAAAUGGUUAUCAAUUAAUUGGAACUGAAGGAAGCCGUCGUACAUAUGAAGGAUCACAAGCAUUUUUUAUUACGACUCUAAUAGCGAUUCCAUUUUUUUGGUGGUUAAUGUCUCCUCUGGAAUUAACUACUAUGGAGUAUGUUACAGGAGCACUGAUUUCUGCAUGUGUUGGUACUGCAUUAGAAUCUGUGAGUCCGUGGGGAAUGGAUAAUCUUUCGGUUCCACUUGGUGUGAGUCUUGUAUUAGCAAUUUUAGGAUAUUAG